CCGUCUUGAACCAUGGAACAGAUGUUAAAUUAGCGGGAUCCUCCAGUCAUUUAGAUGUCUGUGACCUGUUCAUGGCUUGCGAGAAGAAGCAGAAAGGCAUGGUGUUUCAUCAAGAAGGGACACCCACCUCUGCAACAGCACCUGCAGGAAACUAUCCACCUGCAUGCUUGGUUGUUCCCAAACUAGGGCAAACAAUUGAAGGCAGGAUGGAACGAAGCACCCAUGUAACCAGCGAAGAGGCGGAAGUGAUUGAAGCCAACAUGUACCCAUUGAAGGAAGGCAUCAGUACUCCUGGUGGUUUUCCUGCUGUGAAAUAUCCCACCAGCUUUAAUCCUCAUCCAGACAACCUGUCACCUGAUAUCAUCUGCAAAGGCAUCAGAGUGACGCUGGACAACAACAGCAUGUGGAACGAGUUUUUCAGAUGCAAAACUGAGAUGAUUCUGACUAAACAAGGCAGCAGGAUGUUCCCUUACUGCCGCUUUCGUAUCUCUGGCUUGCAGCCAUUUAAGAAGUACUGUCUAGUCAUGGACAUUCAACCUUUAGACAACAGUCGUUACAAGUGGACUGGCAAGUGCUGGCAAGUUGCAGGGAAAGCAGAGUGUCAAGUUAAGAGUAAACCAUUCGCUCAUCCAGAGUCCCCAUCAACAGGUCAACACUGGAUGCAAAAUCCAGUGUCCUUUUACAAACUGAAGCUCACAAACACCAUCUUAGAGCAAGAGGGAAACACCAUCCUGCAUCCCAUGCACCGCUACUUUCCACGACUGCACGUAGUCCAAACUGACAAAGUGGCAAAAGACAUAAAGCUAAAUGGUCCUUGUGUUGUCACAUUCAGUUUCCCUCAGACUGAAUUCAUGGCAGUCACAGCUUACCAGAACUCACGUUUUGCUCAGCUCAAAGUUGACUAUAACCCAUUUGCUAAAGGACUGAAGGAGGAUGGGUCCUGUUCAUUGGGCCUAAAACUGAAAUUGAACUCCAGCAAAGACUUGCACAAAGCUGGAGGCACAACAACCAGUGAACAUCAUCCUGUAAAAGAGAGUUUGAAGUGUUUGCUUGCAAGCCAUAAACCAAGAAGCUCAAAAGUAAUGGAUUCAAAACUUCCGGUGUCAAGUGACCUCCUAAAGAAUUCAACCUCAAACGGAGAUCCGUCAGCUGCCCAGGUUCCAGAGGAAAGUUUGUGCAGCAGUUCACAACCAGCUCAGAAGUUAUUUUCUGAACUUAUUCGGGAGGCUCACGUUUCACUGCAACGAUGUAACCUGGAGCAGCUGGACAUCAAUAACAGCACCUCUCACAGAGCUGAGCUGACAAACACUAAAUCCUCAGCUUUGGAAAGUAACAGAGAAGAUGUCUCCAAGAAAGACAAAACACACAGUGAAACAUCGAGUGUAAAGAACUGUGAAACUGUGUUAAUGUCAAAGAGGAAAUUCAAAGAGGAUAGGCACCUUUUGAAUUUACACAACUGCAAGGACAAUUCAGAUUAUUCUGAGGUCACGAAUGCUGUUACUGUUCCACUGGUGUCCCAGAGAACCUCUGUUGACUCAAACCACCAGCCUAAACCUGUAUCUCAAUCAGAGGUGAAUAUAAAGCAGCAAAAACGACCGGCACCUCUACCUCUACCAGCCCUUGCUCUUUUUUUGAAGCAGCAUUUGACAAAGUCUAAAAAGUCCAAGAAUAAGCCAGGUUCUCCUUCCCCGGUUCUUUCAUCUGAAUCACAGAGUUCUGCUGAGGAUUCUACAUGUCUACUCUCUGAUCAUGCCAGCAAUGCUAAUGCUCCCUUGAAGGAUCUUACUGGCUAUCUAAAAAAAUCUAACAACCAGGCCUCCGGACAUGCUAUUGCAGACAUACAUCCAGCUGGAAAAGCAGUUGAAGCAGCCUUUCAGCCAUCUAGUCCAUUAUGUUUAGAUGCUGUAGCCAAUAUAGAGCCAAAGGUACCAAGGACCGAUGAUCACUCCAUUUCAGUUUCCGAAAGCCCAGACUCAGACAUAGCCAUAUCAGAUGGCAGUCCAGUGCCAACCAACUCAGAUCAGCUAUUGUGUACCCUUGGGACAUUUUCAUCCACCACUAUUUCAACUCUUGCUACCUCUUCUGCAUCUCCUGUGUUGUCACCGCCCCUUGACACAGUGUUAUAUGCCCAGAACUCACCACAAACACUAACCGUUAUAGAGUCUUCCACACUACCCUCUGACUCCUCAACCAUAAAGUCUGAUUCUGUGCUCCCUGACCCUGAAUGUUCUUCUUUUGGCUUUGAGUCUCUGUCACCUGCUAGCUCUCCAGAACCUUUACCUCCCUUGCCUGCCUCGUUAGCUUUUGAACUGGACUCCACUACCUCUGAAACAACUCUGAGAGCACUACCCCCUGAAGAGUCAUUGCAAAAUGUAGACUCUACUCCAACUGUGUUAAAAUGGCAUACAGUGUUACCUCCACCUGUGCCGUACAUAGACACUUCAUACACAACAUUUCAGUCCACAUCACAGCCACUUUCUUUAGUAUCUGUCUCAUCACCUUUGUUGCCUUCUACGUCUCCCACCCACACAGAACCACAAACCUCUACAUCUAUGGCUUUGGUUGAUCCUACUUUAUCAUUUCAACAGAACGAACAAUCACUGCCCUUUCCAGGAGAACUGUCCCCCCUUGCACUCCAGUUGCCGCUGUCGCCAACCUUUUCUUCAUUAGAUGGAGAUGGAUUAUCACCUACGCCUUCAAUCGCAGACCUUGUAAACUUUUUCUCCACCGAUGAUGACCUUGGGAUGGGGGUGGAGUUUUCUAAUUCUGAGGCAGUGGCGGUUACCUGCCCACCUCCAACUAUAGUAGAGACAAAUGCAAAUAAACCUUCUCAGCUAGUCCUACCUUGCCCAGCCAAGAAACCCUGUGAGAGCAAGAAGUUCAGACGGCGAAAGCUUGCCAACAUGGAUGUGGAUCAGAAGGUUGAUAACGCCACCUACACUAGCAUGCAGCCUAACCUGGAGGAAGUGGAGGAGCAGUUAUUUAUCUCAUUCACGUCAAAGGAGGCCCUUAAACUUCACAUUGCAGACCCCCCUGAGGAAACGGUCACGCAACCUUCACACAACCAGACGACACCUCAAGGUCCCCUGCUACCACCUGAUGACACACCUGAGAACGCAGAGAGUUUGGAGAGGAUCAGUAACUGUGAGAAGAUUCUCCUGAGAGACCUGAAGAUGAUGAAACACAAACAGGCCAUUCACCCUGUGCUACAGGAAGUGGGUCUGAAGAUGAACCUGCUGGAUCCUACUCUGGCCAUAGACCUGCAGUACCUGGGAGUCCAUCUGCCCAUCCCCCCCCCUGGAGCGUCUCAAGAGCCUGUGACCCUGGAGCUGCCUCCAUCUCAGGGGUUUGUGUCCAGAACAGGAAAAACCACCGACGUCACUCAGAUUAAAGGUUGGAGAGAUAAAUUCACUGCAUUGGAGGCUCCACCCACUCCUUCAUCAGCCACACCUGAAGCUGGACCCAGUUCAGAUCCACCUAAGAAGAACCUGUCAGCAUUCUGCAGCGACAUGUUGGACGAGUAUCUGGAGAAUGAAGGAAAGCUGAUCGACGAGCGAGCUGCAAGCUUCUCUCAGCCUGUGGUGGAGCCGGUGGUGUAUGAGCUUCCCGCCAGGAGCACCAGCUAUGUCCGAACUCUGGACAGCGUACUGAAAAAACCUACUGCCAGCUCCCCCACCUCAGACCUCAUAUCUGGAUUCAUCCCCCCCUCCAAAAGACCAAAACACUCUCUCAAAGAGACAAAGACUUCCAGCAAAGAAAGGAAACACAAAGGUCCUAAAAAGGUCAGACUCAGACCAGAACCGGCAGCUGCUUCAGUUUCAACACCUGAACCAAGUCCAGCUGAACCAAACCUGGUCCCUAAACAGCCUGCAGUCCCGACCUCAGCAGCACCGCUGCUAUCGGAGCAUACAGCACCUGUCACUGAACCUUACAAAUCCAUGAAACACCAGAAGCGGAAGGUCAGAUUCAACCACACAGAACCCUUAACUCUGUCCCCUCAGACCCCCACCCUUAAGAGGAGAAGGAAACUCAAACCCAAGUCCUCGUGCCAGACUCUCAGCACCCCCAGGUCCACGGCCUACCUGCCGCAUGUCUCAGAGGACCUGCCUCCUCUAGAGUCGGACUCUGAGCUGGGGGCUGGUGCCAAUCAGGGUGAUGAGGACAGGAGACCUGUUAUGACCCGGGCUCUUUUAAGACAGAAGGACCUGGAGGACGGAGUGGUGUGGCAGGGCCGACCCAGGACCAGCAUCACCAAAGAGCGGGCCGCCAUCGCCCUGACAUCACUGUUCACACUAAUGGGUUUUGUCAGCGAGAACCCCACCGCUCCCGUCCAGCUGGUCCGCAGACGUGCGCCGCCCUGCCUGAAUGACUUCUGUAGGCUGGGCUGUAUCUGCUCCAGUCUGUCCCACUGCUCAAGGAUCAGUCACUGUGGCCGACCUCGCUGCAUGUUCGGCUGCAGCUGCCUCAAACAGAAGGUCGUCCUCCUCAAGAACCUCGACGGCUCAGACUCCAGCCCCUCCCACCACGGAAAUACCCGGAGGAGGAGGAGGAGAAGGAUGAAGAUGGCUUACGUUCUGAAGGAGGCGGACAGCGUUUCCCAGCCUGCUGAGCGGGUCAGGAUUCUGUGGAGGAGGGAUGCUAGAGACUCAGAUCCAGAUCCGACAACCGUCCCCGACAUAGCAUCUCUGCUCCGCAGCUCUGAGAGCAGAGAUAAUGGCGGCUGUGCCAGAGUCAGAGGUUACAUAGGAAAGAGGAAGAGCUGGAAACAAACGGACAUCAAGAAAACUAUGAAGCCUAAAUCUGUUCGACUGAAAUGUGUGAAACAGAGAGACCUGACCCUAAAGGAAGAAAAGACCAGAGCCCCCAGUCCUCCUGCUGCAACUCAGCCAGUUUCCUCCGUCCAGCCUCAGAGUCCUCCCUCAGAGCCUACCCCCAAACCGUCGAAGCGUCUAAUCGUCAUUGCGGAGUGUAAGUGGACAACCGAUACAGACCGCAACCACGUGUUGAAGAGGCUGUGCGAGGCAAUGGCUCUAGACCAACUGGAUGAACCUUUCUGGAUCAGGGAGUAUCUCAUCAGUCCCAUCAGUCAGAAUGUAGAGGAGAGCGGCAGAGACUGCUGCAUCCAUUAUAAAGUCCACAUCACCCAACCCAGAGAAGAGCGUGAGAAAGCAGUGCCACCAAAACCACAACCACCAGGAAACCAGAGGACAGAAAAAACACAACUAGAAAAAGAGGGCCACCUGAGACAGGUGAAAGGGGAGGCGGAGCGUCUGGAGGCUUGGCAGUGGGAGAUCACGGAGGAGGAGAAGCCUCCGGAAGACUGGCAGCGGGAGGUGGAGGAAGGUGACAUCCAGGAGGAGGAAGGCUCAACACUUCACCAGAUGGACAAUGGGAGCGAGAGGAGUACAGGGAAAAUGAAACGAAACGAAAAAAAGAAGAAGAUGGUCAGCUUGGCUCUACCUUUCCUAACAGGAAUCUCCCCUGCCGGAUUCCUCUCAGCCAGAAGAAGACUACCAGGAGGGACCGACCACCUGGUCCAGGUCAAUGGGAAACUCUAUCCUUUGGCUAAGAUCCAGUUAGGGAAGAUGGGGGCGCUCCAUCCAGCAAACCGUCUGGCAGCUUAUCUGACCGGCCGGGUGGGGUCCAGCAGGAAGCAACUAGGUUCUUCUUCAUCCUCUUCCCACUCUUCAAAACCUCCUCAGACCCAGAGUUCAGACCCGACCCCCCAAACUAACUUCUUGGCUUCAGCAAACCUCAUUGCUCCUGACACCACCCCACCCCAACCACAGCCAUCAAUCACAGUAGCACCCUCUUCUUCAGUGCUCAACCAAUCAGCUUCCUGCGACCAGCCCACAGCUGGAGAACCUGAGGGGGCGAGGACGAAGGUUGUUGCUGUGAAGGUGUACCCGAACCCUGUGGCAGGGGGAAGUUGGGUGACACCAGUAGCUUCUGGCAGCUCCACUCCCUCUACAGGCUCAGCAGCGGUCCUGGGUCCUGGUGUAAAGGCCGUCCCUCUCACUGGUCAGAGGAUGGUCCUGCAGCCUGUUCAUACAACAUCAGGAGUGCAGUAUUACCGUAUACCAGAUGGUAAGCUGGUCCAACUACUUCCCAUCAGCAAGCUGAGAGCAGUCAACACAACUCUGCGUGUUCCCAGAGGUCGUGCUCCCCCCUCAGUCCUCCCCCCUGGACCAGAUGUCACUGUUGAAAACCAACCACAGACCUCAGUCCCCACCCCCUCCCCCCUGUCUGGCCUCCAGUCUUUCUCUGUGACCCCCCGUCCCACCCCCCUCGUCCCGGGCUCUGGUUUCCUGUCUCAGAAGACGACGUGCACCUUUAAAAUCCUUCCUUCCAACUCCAACAAGGAACCAAUCUUUAUCAGCUGUUCUAAACUCCCAACCCUGCCCCCUACCCCGGUGGUGACGACUCCCAGCCCCUUAACCCUUCUAAAGCGCACCCGUCAACCCCCUGCCAACUUGUUGAACCUGGUCUCCCUCAAAACCUCUGAAGGUCAGGGGGCGGAGCUACGGGGGAAAACAGUGACGGUGUCAGUGGACUCUGUGAUUGCAGGUGGGCUGUCGGCCUCCCAGAAACCCACCACUUCCCUGACCCCACCCCCUCCUUCAGGGUCAGAGGUCACACCUUUAUCCCUAUCACACCCCCUUGCUGAGCCUGAGCUGGCCUCUGACCUUGUGGACCUGGACAUAAUCUGCGUGGACGAUGAGAUGGGGCUUGUUACCACAGGGACGCAGUUGACUGAGGGGGUGGACCUGGCAGGGUCUUCAAGCGAAGAGACAGAAAACUCGUCAGACUUCGGAGAUGAGUCGUGCAGCGAAGAAGAGAAGGAGACAACAAUGAACCAGCGACAUGUUCACAACAUGUUGGAGAGGAGGCGUCGAGUGAAGAUGCUGCAGAUGUUUCGAGGUCUGAGGAGGGAGGUGGGACUGAGAGACGACAGAACUUCUAAAAUCUCCACACUGAACAAGGCGGAGCAGGUGAUCCAGGAGCUGAGGUUGUCAGAAGCACAUCUGAAAGAGAAGAAGAGCAGGCUGAUGAAGAGGAGGGACCUCCUCCUCUCCAUCAUCGCUCCAACAGGUAAACAAACACAGACAGUCCUGAAGAAGCUGGAAGACCAGGAGAGACACCCAGCAGCCAAUCAGUUGCGAGUACCAGUAGGGGGUGGGGCCUCUGAGCCUGAUCUCUCUACAGAAGACACGAGUAAUGACGACAUCAUAAUCAUCUCGUCCAACGUACAGCCGCAGACUCUACAAGUUCCUCCCACCACUGCCCCGCCCUCUACAAAACCAGCCCCGACACCCGUCCCGACACCAGCCCCGACACCGGCCCCGACACCGGCCCCGACACCGGCCCCGACACCGGCCCCGUCCCCGACACCGGCGCCGACACCUGCCCCGACACCGGCCCCGACACCGGCCCCAGCCCCGACACCUGCACCGACACCGGCCCCGACACCUGCCCCGACACCUGCCCCGACACCGGCCCCGACACCCGUCCACAUGUCUCAGAUGGUCCUGCAGAUGUCCCAGUCCCACCUGGCUCCUCCUGCUGUAUCCCAUAGCGCACCUGUGGUCCGAGACCGGCCAAAGACGAUGCCGAACAUCUUGUCUCGCAGUAAAAGACCAGUUUCAUCAUCAUCAUCUUUGCUCACAACUACAGAGGCUUCAUCUGUUCAGGCGCUGGUACCAGCUGACGUUCUGUCUCUGAUUGGUGCAGCGUUGCCAGGACAACAGAUACUGUCCCUGAGUCCGUUGAUGAAGGGACCGAUGGUUCUGCAGACGACAGCUGCAACACCAGGCGUGGCCUCUGUCACCCUCAACAUCCCCGGUCUGACCAAUCAGCAGGUCCAUCUCAGCUCACUGCCCCGCCCCCCAACUGAAUCCAGAACCUUCUCAGAGGCUUCAAACCUGCUGCACCCGCCUCAACCUCCCCUGGUGGUCUCUGCUGGACCAGAUCUCCCCUCAGACCAGAUCAUAGACCAGGCCCCAUCCUCCACCCUGUGCCCAGAACUGAGUGUUGAUUGUGAGGCAGAGGUUGGGGCUGAGGGGCCUCUGGGUGCGGGGCCUGAGACCCGAGCCAACGAUGACACUGAGAGUCUGACGUCCCUCAAUGAGAUCGUCUCAGUCAACCAGCGGACCGUCUCCACAGAGACGACAGCAGGGGUCUCGUAUGAGGUGGACCACGCAGUGGGUGGGGCCAAGGAGCAGGGCCACACUCAAAGCUUGGAGCUGGACUGUGACAACAGUGUUUCCGUGGAGACAGAGCAUGGAGGGCUCCAGGGACAAACGGAGAUGACGCAGACUGGACCGACCAAUAGGAACACUACAAGUGGUGCCCUGGCACCACCCCCUCUGCUGCAAAUGAAGGUGGGCGGGUCUAAGGUGGCAGACUCUGCCAGCAGUGACAGAGCAACAGCGGGAGUGGGGAGGGGGGAGGGAGCGAUGGCCUGGAGGCCGAUGCCGCGGCUGGUUCCUCUGGGCCUAAAAGGAAACCCGCCCAGCUGAUGAUGGCGCUGCUCCAUCAGUUUCCAGUUGGUCAUCGGUCGGAGAACCAUCUCUGAUUGGCUCUGGCUGUUUUUGUUGUUUCAAAUACUAACGUCCUCAAAAACAAACAUGACACAUCUGAAAAACUGCAAAUGUCAGAGGUCGACCUUCAGUGUGUCACAUGCUCACCAUCAAAAGUAUGUGGACAGGUGUCUGAUCUGAUCUCAGGUGAGUCCUCGAUGUUUCACACCCGAACUCUGAAGAUCACUUGAGACAGGUGUGAACAGCACCCGACCCGACCACCACCUCAAAGAUCAUGAAAAUUCUCUGUAUCUAGUUUUUUCAAAAACUGGAAGUUUUCAAAAUAAAAGUUCACAUUGUUCAUCUCAGAACCAAAACCACCACACGAUACUAAAAUUUUAAUGUUGUAAACUUUUUUUAAUUUCCUUCUUUUCAAGGGUUUACGGGUUUAGUUGUCUAACUUUCAUCAAAAAGUCAUCCAGCAAGUGCACUGCAAAAAAUAUAUAUCAAAAGUUUCUCUGAAAAUAUCAGUUUUGUUCUCUAAGUUUCAUCUUUUUGUGAAAUUCUACUCUUAAAUAAUUUGUCCAUGUUAUUGUGUAUAUGGACAAACUUUUUUUUGACAAGACAUAUUAAAACCUGAGUGAAGAAAACAAAUGAACAUACAUUUUCAUGUGCAGGAAAGUUACUUCCUGUUUCAAGAAUUGAAAGACGAGCGUGUGGACAGCAAGUCUCCCCUGGACUUACCUGCUCAGUGUUGGACCGACGAUGAGAUGAAGAUGCAGCUGCAUUUUCUUGUUGAAUUAAAUGAUGUUUGUACAGUUUGCUUUUCUUACAUUUGUAUUUUUGUACUUGUGAAAGAAACUUUCUGAUGUUAAUAUCAUUUGUCUGAUCACAGACACGUCGCUGUUCAAGGCUAAUAUAAAUAAAGUUUGAAUAUGGACUGGAA